UUCAGUUUGAAUUGUCCUUCUCUCAAUUUUUGUAGGACUAAACGCCGAUGCUUUCCAUGGUAUUUCAGUGUCUUGCUAAAAACUAAAAUGUCAUCAAGGGGGCUGGUUGCGAUACAGACUUGCAAAUCGUUCGUCGAGGAGGAGGAGGAGGAGGAGGAGGAGGAGGAGGAGGAGGAGGAGGAGGAGGAGGAGGAGGAGGAGGAGGAUGGCGAGAAGGUGGAGGACGAAGAAGAGGAGGAGGAGGAGGAGGAGGAGGAGGACGAGAGGGAGAACGACGAAGAAACUUGCCAAUCGUUCGUUGAAGAGGAGGAGGAGAAGAAGGAGGAGGAGGAGGAGGAGGAUGAGAGGGAGGACGACGAAGAAGAGGUCGACGAGGACGAGGAAGAGAGGGAGGAGGAGGAGGAGUACGAGAGUAGGAGGGAGGAGGUGGAGAAGAGGCGGAUUGGCCAACAAACUGUUUUGGGCCAAAAGCCUUCAAGUUUCAUAACGCAGGAUGCCUUUUGGGAGUUUUUCACCAGCGAGAGCGUGGCCCGAAGCCGCCGGCGGCGGGGUGGCUGCUGUGCGACUGCGCAGGCGGCGUCAUCAGGAAUGGGUUGGAUGAGAAUGUUGGAGAUUGUGUUUCAGGAUCAUGCAGUGAAAUGGUUUGCGGUGAAUAUCUCGUGGAUGGCCAGUCAGGCCGUUCUGUUACGGAGUUCAUAGCAUAGUAUGCUAUGCGUACAUUAUGACACACACACAUGGAUAACUCUUCUAGGCGCUGUUUCAGGGUCGAAUUCCUGAAACCCUGAUACCGUUGCUAUCCCAUGCAAAACGAUUCGCCCACCAUGUUGUUGAUAAAGUCCCUGGUUUAUCCUAUGACAUCCACAUCAAUUGCGUACAUGCCCUGCACACUGAAGUGUUCCUCGUUUUACGUUGUAAGGACAGUCUGGCAGUCUGCCUUCAACAAGGGUCAAAGGGUGCAUGACCUAAACCAUCAAUAUGGGGAGUCUGCAGAUUGUCGAGGGUUCAGCUUCCUGAUGAGUCGGUGCACACAGGCAUUUCAACACACUUGCAUGUUAGCCACAUGCACACAUUUGGACACCACUGUAGUUCUCUCUCUCUCUCACUCUCUCUCCCUUUCUCUUCCUCUUGCUCUCCUGCCUUGCCCCACCCCAUCAUCAAGUGAAGCAAUGGCCCAAGGGGAGAUACCAUCCAAUAUCCAGGCAAAAGACAGGUGAGACAUAAGAACAAGUGGCGGAGUGGGAGAAGGUAGACCCUUAUACCGAGGGAAUGGACGCAGGAAACAUCCGUUACAGGAAACAUCACAGCAAAACUCUUGGAUUUGGGUGCUAAGGACUAGGGCUGAGGGCAGACCUCUCCUCCGCAGUCCACUUUUCCUCGUAGCUUCCACUGCCUACACAAUGCACACUCAUCGUGAACGUAGACAAGCUACCUUCCUGCUCAGGUACGGCUAUUAUGAGGGUGCAUUGUACUAAGGGGAAGAUAGUACCCCGCACAUAUGUGAAGAGCGCUACAAAAUCAUCGGGAGUUGCGGGAGAGGGAAGCAGUGAACACACAGCGAACACACAUGGACACAGUGAACACAAUUAACACGCAGUGAACAAUUGUAAAUGCUGCGUACAAAAAGAAUGUCGAAAAUUCCGUCGGGCCUAGCUCAGUUGGUACACCCACGAACUGUUGAAAUACAGACUCAAGUUCAAAUCCAGACACAAUAAGAUGACCAGAAUAAAAUCAUUCUGAAUUA